AUGAGACCGAGGAUUCGCUUGAUUGACAUUUGCAUGCGGCAGAAAUACACGAACGCGCAGAACGACGCGCGAGCCGCCGGCAAGACUCAGUGGAAGCGGGUGCGUCUGAAGAGCGCGCGAGACCUGGAACCGAGCCGAGAGAGUCUAACCUCCAAGAGUGCCGACUCGCUCUCCAGCUCGCCCGUCGAUCUCGAAGCGGGCUCGCACAAGUCAUUCUCGAAGUCUCGGGCGGCAGCAGCGAGCAAGUCCUACGUUAAUACGUCGGUAACGAAACUUAGCAUAAACUCGGGUGUAGAGUCUAGAGAUGUAAAAGUUCACGAUGCAAAGGAGCUUCACGCGCGAGGAAUUGGGUCGAGUUCGCAGCUGUGCCGAAACGACGUUCGGGAAUUGAAGAGCGACACGGACGCAGGCUCGGGCACGAGUUCGCUGAAAGAUGAUAACGUCAGAGUUAAUGAAAUAAAUAUGCAAAUGUUGCCCGAGGCACUGUACCGGCAAAUGUUCGGGCAAGAUACCAAAGAAGACCGUCUCACCGACGAGGAGGUCGACGGCAUAAAGAAAAAUUUAGGUGCGUACGAUAUAAACGUAGCGGACGCGACCAGACUGCCGGAUGUGAACCUGAAGCUACCGGCUUUGGAAGGUAAAGAUGUGGAGGAGCAUUUUUACAAUAUCGGGAAGGCGCAGGCCAAGCCGUACUUAGGAAUCAUAAACGACAUUAUGCGGGACAUCCCCGAGAUGCCGGCGCAGUGGCUCUUCAAGGAAGGCUGGACCAGAUACACGGCGGACGGUGCGGCAGAGAGCGUGGAUUAUCCGCUGGAGGACGGCGUAAUCUUCGACGUUGAAGUCUGCAUGAAACAGGGCCCCCUGCCCACUCUCGCCACCGCGGUCAGCGGCAAGGCCUGGUACGGUUGGGUGUCAAAUUCCCUGGCGCAGAGCAUCAGUCAGACGUUCGACACGCAGUUGUUGACGCCGAGUAUGCUCGUACCUAUGGAGAGUAGCAGAGAGGAACACGGGUGUAGACUGAGCCAGCAUCAGAAGAGGCCGAAGAUCGUCGUGGGCCACAACGUGUCGUACGAUAGAAUUAGAAUCAAGGAGCAGUAUUGGCUGAAUUGCACGGGGACUCGUUUCCUCGACACCAUGUCGCUGCACGUGUGCGUCAGUGGUCUCAACAGCUACCAACGAGCGCUGUUGUUGUCCAAAAAGGCGAACGCGGAGAAGGAGGUCUGGCAGUCCACGACUUCGUUGAACAGCCUGGCGGAGGUGCACAAGUUGUACUGCGGCCGUGAGAUAAGUAAGGUGGCGAGGGACUUGUUCGUCGAGGGUACCAUUGACGAUAUCAAAAGCAAUUUCAACAUGUUGAUGUCCUACUGCGCCUCCGAUGCGGUUGCCACCCACAGUAUACUGCGCAAUCUGUUCCCGCUCUUUCAGGAGAGAUUCCCCCAUCCGGUCACCCUGGCCGGAAUGCUGGAACUCGGCUCGGCGUACUUGCCGGUGAAUUCAAACUGGCAGAGAUACUUGGAGGAGUCGGAGUCGACGUUCGACGACUUGAACUAUGAGGCGAAAUUCACUCUCGCCAAGAGGGCCGACGCCGUCUGCCGGCUCAUGCACGACGAGAAGUACAAGGAGGAUCUGUGGAUGUGGGAUCAAGAUUGGAGCACGCAGCAAAUUAAGAUAAAAAGCAAAGCCUCGAGAGCGAAGCCUGCUGACGUUGCGGAGAAAGCGAAGGAGCAGUUGGACACCGAGAAGUAUUUGUCAGACGACGAAGAAGCGGAGGAGGAUCCGCUGACAAAGGAAUUCGCGUACUUGGAGGAGACCAGGCAUUUAUUGCCGGCUAAAAUGCCGCACAUGCCGGGAUAUCCAGCCUGGUACAGGAAGCUCUGUCCCAAGCAAAGCGACGAGAACUGGGCGCCAGGUCCGCAGAAUAUCAGCACUUCCAUGCAGGUGGUACCGAAGCUGCUGAACCUGACGUGGGAGAAGUAUCCGUUGCAUUACAUAAGGGAACAUGGUUGGGGAAUUCUGGUGCCUUACAACGACGAUCUCGACACGGAGACUAAGCUGCCGUUGAAGAAUCUCUUGGCGCAGUGUCCUCUGCCAGCGUCCAGUUCGUCCAGGGACACUUCCGACUACGCGAUGGCUAACCUGAGCAUCGACGUGCAAAACAAUCUUCACAGGACGGAAUUCUGGCGAUUUAAGAAGAAGCAGGACGAGCCGCACGACGAAACGUACAAGGGUACCGGCGUGUGGUGCAACGUUGAUCUCGACAAUUGCUGCUACUUCUUCAAACUGCCGCACAAGGACGGCGCCAAUUACAACGUCGGCAAUCCGCUCGCCAAGGACUUCCUCAACAAGUUCUCCGAAAACGUGCUCGCUGGCUUGGACGUCAGCGCCGCGGAGGUGCUCAAGAUCGCCCGCAUGCUGUCCUACUGGCGUAACAAUCGCGACAGGAUCAUGUCGCAGACGGUGAUAUGGCUAGACGAUCGCUCGCUGCCCGGCAGCGUUAAGAGAGCGAGGCGGCACAGGUGUUACGGCGCGAUAAUACCUCAGGUGAUCGUUUCCGGCACCUUGACGCGUCGCGCCGUGGAGCCCACGUGGAUGACGGCGUCGAACGCGCACGUCGAACGAAUCGGUUCCGAGCUCAGAUGCAUGGUGCAAGCGCCGCCGGGAUACAACAUCGUCGGCGCCGACGUGGACAGCCAGGAACUGUGGAUCGCCUCGAUCGUUGGGGACGCGCACUACAAGCGUGUUCACGGAGCAACGCCUUUCGGCUGGAUGACCCUUAUCGGCACCAAGUCCAACGGCACCGACAUGCACAGCGUCACCGCCAAGGCCAUCGGCAUCUCGCGCGAUCACGCCAAGGUGAUCAACUACGCCCGAAUCUACGGCGCCGGCCAGAAGUUUGCCGAACGUCUGCUGAAGCAGUUCAAUCCGUCUAUGACGGACGCCGAGGCUAUUUCUAAGUCGCGCAAGAUGUUUGCUCUCACCAAGGGUAAAAAGUUAUUUCGGUUGAAGGCCGAAUUGGUCAACGACGACUUGCGGGAUGUUCCCUACGCUCUCUUUCAGGCACGUCAGGCAGCCAAGUUGUACGGCAAAACGUUGCUGGACAUGUUUCAGAAGAGCGAGUGGGUGGGCGGCUCGGAAUCAGCUAUGUUCAACCGGCUCGAACAGAUCGCCGGCAGUGAACAUCCAGUCACGCCGUUCCUCAACGCCAGAUUGAGCCGCGCCCUGGAGAUCACCAAUACCGACGACGACGACAAGUUCCUGCCUACCAAAAUUAAUUGGGUGGUGCAGAGCGGCGCGGUAGACUUCCUUCACCUGAUGCUGGUCUCCAUGAGAUGGCUGAUGCGAGACAACGCUAGAUUCUGCCUGUCGUUUCACGAUGAAGUGAGAUAUCUGGUCCCGUCCAGAUACAAGUACAACGCUGCGCUGGCCAUGCACGUGACCAACUUGAUGACGAGGUCGUUCUGCGCUUCUAGACUGGGCAUGAGAGAUUUGCCGAUGUCGGUAGCGUUCUUCGCUGCCGUGGAAGUCGAUACCGUUCUUCGCAAAGAGUCCACUCACGAUUGUAAGACCCCGUCGAAUCCUCACGGCUUGCAGAACGGAUACAAAGUACCACCUGGCGAGAGCUUGGAUGUCUGGGCCGCCUUGGAAAAAUCCGGCGGCUCGCUAGGCUACUGGCACGACGCGAAAAGUCGCAAAGUUAAAUCAGACGCGAAUUCCGACGCUGAAAAGUCGUCGCAAUCUCUCAAAGAGCCUUAAAAGGAAAUUAUAAGACUAAUUGUAAUUUUGUGUCGCGAUUUUCAAGAGUAUAAAAUUUUGUUUCACGAUAUUCGAAUAAAAGAA